GGCUAUAACCACACACUCCUGCUCUGUUUCCUCUUAGGUGACCGCUUUUCCCCUUUUCUUCUUCCCUUUUGAGUUGUUCAAAACAAUCCAUUUUCACCUGAAAAUCAUCCCCAUUUCUCCCUCUGAUCAUCCCCCUCCCCCCUUUCUACUUGUACUCUACAACCCCCCAUUUCUUCUUCUUCUUCCUAUGGACACAACUUUCAGGCUUGCUGGUGGUGGUGAGGAGGAGCUUGAGCUGGGGUUAGGCUUGGGUCUUUCUUCUGGUGCUUAUGCUUCCUCAUCUAAUGCUGCUCACAGUCAGGUGGUGGGAUGGCCACCUGUGAAGACUUAUCGGAUGAACAGUUUGCUUAACCAAGCAAAAUUUUCCAAGAAUGAAGAAGAAACGGGAGUCAACGGGAACGAUGCUUCAAAGAAGAAGAAAAAUAGCAAACAUGAAAACAAGAAUGAUGAAGUUGUAGCUAAAGAAACCGGGCAUUCUGGAUUUGUGAAAGUGAAUAUGGAUGGAUUGCCGAUUGGAAGGAAAGUCGAUUUAAACGCACAUGAUUGCUAUGAAACUUUAGCUCUCGCUCUUGAAACUAUGUUCUUGAAAGCAUGCCCGACUUUCACAUCUAUCCGUAGAGAAAAGCAGCAACGCUCUCGACUUUUGGAUGGAUCUUCUGAGUUUGUGCUAACAUAUGAAGAUAAAGAAGGAGAUUGGAUGCUCGUAGGUGAUGUCCCAUGGAGGAUGUUUUUAAGCACUGUGAAAAGACUAAGAAUCAUGAAAACCUCGGAUGCUAAUGGACUUGCGGCUCCACGAUACCAGGAAAAGAAUCAGAAGCCAAAAAAGAAGCUUUUGAGUUAAAAGACGAAGAAAAACACUCAACAUACUAGAAAAGUUUGAAGCUUUUGUUUUGGUUCGGGUUCGCUGGUUUUUUGUUGUCUAUUCGAUUCUUUUUUUUUUUCGGGUUUUUUGUUGUCGUGAGAAUAUUAUAGUUCCAUACCCGACUUGAAAGGUUUGAUCAAGUUUCUUAAAUAUCUCGAUUAGUAAUCGUCUUUUGUGUAAUUCUUAUGGUUUGUUUACUGUGUAUUCAAGUACUAAGUGUACUUGUGUGACUAAAAUGGUUUUUUACUAUCCAAAAGUUGUCUUAA